UCUCUAAGCAACAAGGCGCCUAUACAAAGCUUAACCUGCUGCAGUGCGACAACGGGGACGAGUCAGCGUUGCAGAUACCGACGGAACAAGCCAAAAAGCGUUUAACGUUACUUGUCUAAAUUAUUUUAGGACUUGACCGCUGAGUUUGUAUUGUGACCGAGCAGCCCGUCGAUAACAUUUCCCCCGUGCUACUGGUCUUAAACGUAUACAAACAUCUAUGCUGAGUAGCCACCUAGCUGCCUGAUGGACGUGCUAGUUAGCUGAUUGAAGCUAAUGGUGUGUUCAAUACUAUCGGAAAUAUAGGUUUGCAUGCAAUUGAGUUUGAAGAUUCAUUCUUGACCUUGUACAUAGUACUUGGACAAAAGAUUCUUAACCGUAACGCAUGGUCAUACUCGUACUUUUUUUCUUAAAUGGCUUACAGAAUUGAUCGCAUAGCUGCCCACUUCGAUAAAGAGAGCAAAAUUGUUUAUGUGGGUGUAUACAUUACAAUUUAUCCUGACAUUGCAACAUAAAGUAACUCGCCUACUUUGAAGAAAAUAGCAGCACCCACCAACAACUCAAGAAUACCACACGACUGAGCGACUGACACCGUCACUGGUGGUCGUGACGCGUCGUGUGGCGCUUGUGAGUAAGGGUUUACCAUGAGUACCUGAAGGCAGCAGAUCCUGUCCCGCAAAGUUAGCUAGCAUUAGCAAUGGCUGCAGGUAGCCGGUAGGAGAAGACCGCAGCAUCAGCACCAUCCAUACACAAUGACAUAAAACAGGCACCAGCUUAGUUUACUGUACGAGACGACGGGGAGGAAUAUUUCGGACUCCAGAUAAAGAUGAGCCGCUUCUGCUCAGACAACAACAACUUCCCCUAUGACAACAACGUCCUGGUUUUGGACAUGGUGCUGGGCUCUUUGUGGGGAGUGCCCCAGCCCAUAAACUGGGACAAUGUAGCCAAGCUAGUUCCAGGAUUCACUCCCAAGGAGUGUGCCCGUCGAUUUGAGGAGCUGAAGAGCACGGGGGGUUUUCCUCAUGUGGACAACCAAUGUAAUGCCUUGACAGAAGGCAGCACCUCCCCUUCAGACGGCCUGUCCACGCUGCUGGACACUGGGGAGGUGGCGGAGACAGGAAGCAGCCAGAGCAGCAGCAAAAAUACAGCAGGGUCCAAAUCCACAGGAAUCUCCGGAAGGGUCGGUGCUGUGGAGAAGAAAGAGAAAAGAGUCUCAUCAGAGGAGGAUGACAAACCUCAGAAGCCACGAGAUCCCAACAUGGUCAUCCAUGUGUGUGAUGAGACCAAGAACCUGAAGCAGGACUUCACGUGUCCCAGAGAUCUUCUCGUUAAAGAGAUGCGUUACUUCGCUGAGUACUUGUCUGUGGACUCCCAGAGGUGGGAGGAGGUGGACAUCUCCGUUCACUGUGACGUGCAGAUCUUUGACUGGCUCAUGAACUACGUCAGGAGGAACUCUGCAGGGGAGGGAAACAAGGACAAACCCCGGCUUGAGCCCAGCAAUGUGAUCUCAAUCCUGAUCUCCUCCGAGUUCUUGAAGAUGGAUACGUUAGUGGAGGAGUGCAUCCAGUACUGCCACAAACACAUGAGUGCCAUCGUGGCUACACCCUGCAACAUGAACUGCAUCAACAGCAACCUGGCAACACACAUCGCCGAACUCUUCAACCACAAUGAGGCCGACGACAUCCGGGACAAAAAAGACAAGUUCAAAAGCAAAUUGUUUCAGAAGAAAAUCGAGCGUCUCUUCGAUGCCAGCUACCAGAGCAGAGAUUCACCAGGAAACGCCUCGACUCUCUACAGGUGUGGGCUGUGCCUUAAACUGCUGACCAAAGACACAGAGAGGAAGAUUUCAUGUGUUCCAGGGAAAAUCAACAUUGACGCUCGCGGUGAAAUCAUCUAUACACACACUAGACAGAAGAGCUGGGAUGUGCAUGAAUACAUCACCAGUCUGUACGAGGAGCUCAAGUCCUGGGUCUUGGUCUACUGGAGAAUCUGGGGUACCAUCAACUACCUCACCUGCUCCCGAUGCCAACAGGUGUUUGUGUGUGCAGAGCUGACCCAUUGCAAGUACCACCCAGACUGUGUGCUGUACCCUGGCAUGGGUACAGAGAAAGGCUGGCAUGGUGCAGGAAUCUACCCCUGCUGCAACCAGAGGGUUCUACGCUUUGACCCCACUGGUAUGCCCAAGGGCUGUAAGAUGCGAGACCACAUAGUGAAUGUACCUGACGAGGAGAGCUGUGACGAGGUGACCUCAGCCCAGACCAGAGUCCUUAAUGACCUGCUGCUGCACAGAGACGCAGUGUGUUUGUCUAACACACCACCUGCAGAGGGUACUGAGGAGAGUCCAUCCAGUGCAGAGAAGGUCCAGGACUGUGACGUUCUCUUGGAGCCAACACUGCUCGGACCUCUGAAAGGAGAUGGCAGCACUUUUUCCCUUUUGAAAAACUGGAGUCUGCAACUGAGGCAGCAGUCUCUCCUGUCAGAGGAUGAGGAGUACACCACGGGGUCAGAGGUCACUGAAGAUGAGGUGGGGGACGAAGAGGAGCUGUCCAAGAAACAAGCUGCUAAGAAGGCCAAGAAGACCCACAGACCUCUGAAAAAACAAAUGUCCUCUCCAAACUUCCAACGCAAAGACAAACCAGAGAAAUCACAGUCCAGGGACAACACACCUUUCACAGUGAGUGUCCAGAAAAGUAAGUGGGACAGUUCUCGUUCCAUGCGAUACAACCAGGACGCUCAGAGGGAAGAAGACCAGCGCCGCAUGGUGGAGAUCAUCAGCCACCUGACUAAGAUGAGGUUUGGAGAUCAGGAACAGAGCAAAUCUAAAGAUACUAAAGAGCCUACAGGGGGAAUCUACUCCAGACUGGAAGCGCAAUUUAAGGGUGCCUCUCAAGCCAGACAGAGUUCAGAGAAGACACCCAGAUCGAAAAUACGCUACGCUCAAAUCCGAACAACAUAAAGGACUCGAUGGGGAAAAGGCCACCGUUUAAGAGAUGAGCAUGAAAACUGAUGAAGAGCUUAUGAAGAGUCAAGAGAACUAAGAGGAAGAGGCGAGAGCCUUCUGUGAGGGCUCAGUACAACAAAAUAACUUCCUGCUGGCAGCCCCUCUAGCAUGGCCACCACUUAUAACCCAGCUGUGGACUCUCUCCUCACCCUCACCCCUCGUCAGUCCUGUUCUCUCCCUCGUUGCUUAACUCAGGUGACUAUGUAUGAAUCACCAUCAACUGCAUCCUCUGUCACUCAGCUAGCUAUUUAUUUGUGCAGCUGCGCUCAGUCCUUGAAAAACAAGGAGAACUCUGGAUCUGGAUCCUCUCAGUGUGUCUUUAGAGCUAGACAAGUUGGGAAUUCCUACAGAGGACAACAUGAGAAAUGUUAAUAGUUUAUUCUUUUCCGACCGUCAUCUUACCUGAGGAUCUGAAUUAUUGGGAUCCAGUAAACUUCACACUUACCGCAUUAAAAAAAACUAGUUUCAGAGAGAAAUAUGUUAUGCUAAAGGUCAGAUAGGGAAUGAAAAGUUUACUGCUUCAAUCACAGUACAUCAGUACAUUAAAUUAACUCUGUAUUAUCAUUUGUUUUCUUCUGUGGUGAAGCUCAGCCAUCUGGGUGAGACAAAUGUUUCCCCCAGUUCUGGUAGACAUAUAGUUCUAGUCAUUCCUAUCUGUAUUGGAAUGAGACAGUACUGUACAACACUGGGACCAAUAAAACAUGAAUGACACUUAA